AUGACUUACCUGAUAAGAAAUAACGCAAGUUUCCUCGUAGAUCCUGCGAAGUGGGAGCGGUGCGACGUGGUGCGGUGCGUGCGCUGGGUGGCGCGCAAGUUCGGCGUGCGAGCGCCGCGCCGCAGUCUGCUGCCGCGCUGCGGGGCCGACCUGCUCGCGCUCGACGACCACGCCUGGCUCCAGGUGUGCGAGGGGAACUCUGCGGCGGCGCGUAUCUUCAGUGCGUACGUUGCGCACGCGCACGCCUCCGCCACCGGUCGUCCGCCGCCCGCACCGCUGCCAGAGCACCAAGCCGCACCUGCCACAUCUGCCACUGCUGCGACCGCACUGCCCGAACCUUACGCAUCUCUGAGUAACUGCGCGCGUGCCGGCGGCAGUGGCGGCCAGGUGCAACUGUGGCAGUUCCUGCUGGAAGAGUUGGCGGCCGGCGCGCCGGGCAUCUGCUGGGAGGGAGCUCCAGGCGAGGGCGAGUUCCGACUGUCGGACCCCGACGAGGUGGCGCGGCGCUGGGGCCGCCGCAAGCAGAAGCCCAACAUGAACUACGACAAGCUGUCGCGCGCCCUGCGCUACUAUUACGACAAGAACAUCAUGACCAAGGUGCAUGGCAAGCGGUACGCGUACCGGUUCUGCUGGGCGGGGCUGGCGGCGGCCUGCCGCGCGCAGGACGCGCCGCCCUGCUGGCGCUGCCCGCCACCCGCACCCACGCCCGCCCCCGCCCCCCACCCCCGCAGCACUCCAGCCACCGCACGCCACGCCACCAGCGCCCAACCUGCGACCCUCCUGGAACUAGUGCCUUCGAGAACAUACUACUGA